UGGGGGCGCUCUUUCCACCAUGACCCGUUUUUGUUGUAGGAGAGAAAAGUGACGCAGAGAAAAGGGGGCAGGCAGUGUGGCGGUGUAUACAAGUCUGUGCUCUCAUUCAUGCACAGUGUACAGCAGUGUUCGCCGACACUCGGGCCGUGCCACGUCCUCGUCCAAACACGACGCUGUGCGCUCUCAGGCUGAUAACACAAAGAGCCGUGACCCUGUGCAGCAGUCGUCACCAUGGCUGAAGCUCACCAGGCGGUGGCCUUCCAGUUCACUGUCACCCCUGAUGGCAUCGACCUGCAGCUGUGCCACGAGGCUCUGCGCCAGAUCUACCUCUCAGGCCUCCACUCCUGGAAGAAGAGGUUCAUUCGCUUCAAGAAUGGGGUGAUGACUGGUGUGUACCCGGGCAGCCCUGCUGGCUUCAUGGUCGUGGUUGUGUCCUACAUGUCCUACAAUAAAUACCAACAGCUGGAUCCCUCUCUGGGGUUGAUAGCCAAGCUGGGCCAACACAUACCUAUCAGUCGGUACAUGUCCACAGACAGCCAGAGGAUAGUUGGAGGAGUACUGGUGGGCACGGGCCUGUGGGUCUCCAUAAUCAUGAUAAUGAGGAAUGUCCUGAAAAGCCUGUUGUCGUGGCAUGGCUGGAUGCACGCUCGCCACGGCUCUGUGUCCUUGUCCACCCGCCUGUGGAUGUUAUUAGUGAAGGUGUUCUCUGGCAGGAAGCCCAUGCUCUAUAGUUUCCAGAACUCGCUGCCAAGGCUACCUGUCCCCUCUGUCAAGGACACCUGCAGAAGGUACCUGGAGUCAGUGCGCCCACUGAUGGAUGAUGAGCAGUAUAAUCGAAUGAAUGGCCUGGCUCAAGACUUUGAGAAGAACCUGGGACCCAGGCUGCAGUGGUACCUCAAACUCAAGUCGUGGUGGACCUCCAACUAUGUCAGUGACUGGUGGGAAGAGUAUAUUUACCUCAGAGGCCGUGGACCCAUCAUGGUCAACAGCAACUAUUAUGCCAUGGACUUCCUGUACGUGUUCCCCACCUCCAUCCAGGCUGCCCGGGCAGGUAACGCAAUCCACGCUAUCAUGCUCUACAGGAGGAAACUGGACAGAGCCCAGAUCAAACCUAUAUACUUGCUGGCGAACAAGGUUCCUCUGUGUUCGGCUCAGUGGGAGCGGAUGUUUAACACCACCCGCAUCCCUGGUUUGGAGACAGACAUCCUCCAGCACACGAACGAGAGCAAACACAUAGCUGUGUACCACAAGGGCCGUUUCUACAAAGUGUGGAUGUUUUAUGAUGGGCGGCUGCUGUUGCCACGGGAGAUCGAGCAGCAGAUGGAGAGGAUCUUGGCAGACAGCUCCGAGCCCCAGGCGGGAGAGGAGAGACUAGCUGCACUUACUGCAGGGGACAGGACCCCUUGGGCAAAAGCCCGCGAGGCCUUCUUCAGCCGUGGUAAGAACAAGCAGUCUCUAGACGCCAUUGAAAAGGCCGCCUUCUUUGUAACCCUCGAUGAAACCGAGCAGCGCUACGACUCAGACAAUCCCGUCAAGUCUCUGGACCGUUACGCCAAAUCCCUGCUGCAUGGAAACUGCUACGACAGGUGGUUUGACAAAUCCUUUAACCUGAUCGUUUUCAAGAAUGGCACCAUGGGGCUGAACGCAGAGCACUCCUGGGCUGAUGCUCCAAUCAUCGGUCAUCUGUGGGAGCACGUUCUCUCCAUGGACCCUCUGAAGCUGGGAUACUCUGACACUGGUCACUGCAAAGGGGAGCCCCACCCCAACCUGCCAGGUCCUCAGAGGCUGCAGUGGGACAUCACUGCUGAAUGCCAGGACACCAUCCAGAGCUCUCUGACGUUAGCCCAGACUCUGGCGGAUGACGUGGACUGUCACAUUAUCCCCUUCGCUGACUUUGGCAAGGGUCUGAUCAAGAAGUGCCGCACAAGUCCUGACGCCUUUAUCCAGAUCGCCCUGCAGCUCGCCCACUACAGGGACAAAGGGAAGUUCUGCCUGACGUACGAAGCUUCCAUGACGCGAUUGUUCCGUGAGGGCCGUACAGAAACUGUGCGCUCCUGUACGAUGGAAACCUGUGCCUUUGUUCAAGCCAUGAUUAAAGACGAGACAAGAGAAGAACGCCUUAACUUGCUCAAGCUGGCAGCAGAGAAGCACCAAAACAUGUACCGCCUGGCUAUGACAGGACAGGGCAUCGAUCGCCACCUUUUCUGUCUCUACGUGGUGUCGAAAUACUUGGGAGAAGACUCGGCUUUCCUCAAAGGGGUCCUGUCUGAGCCGUGGAGGCUGUCCACCAGUCAGACUCCUCUGCAGCAGGUCGACCUGUUCGACCUGGUCAGACACCCGGAGUACGUGUCGUCCGGUGGUGGAUUCGGUCCGGUGGCUGACGAUGGUUACGGUGUCUCCUACAUCAUUGUUGGUGAGAACCUCAUCAACUUCCACAUCUCCAGCAAACGCUCAAGCCCUGAAACUGACUCGCACCGCUUUGGCGGCAACAUCAAACGAGCCAUGUUGGAAAUCCUGGAUCUCUUUCAGCUCGACAAGAAAACCAAGUGAUCCUCACUCCACAUAGGAACGUUGUUCUUAGCAAAACAUAUUCUUCUGCAUACUUGUACAGAAUCAAAUGUUGGAUUUGGGAUUAUUUUAAAGCUAUAAGUGAUGUUACACAAGCGAGGAUGAUUGAAAACAUUACUGUCAAUAUUUGUGACGCUUUUAUGUGUAAUGUAUAUACAGGCGGGGUGAGACUCACUGGGGUAAAGUACGGGUUGUGCACAGUUGUAAUUUACAGAACUGUUAACACUCAUACCUAACAUAGAUUAAUAUGACUUGUGUAAAAAGGGCUGAAAGGGAGAAGAAUAUUAGUCAAUCUAAACUGAGAUUACGUAAAAGACAGUUGCAUCAUCCCAUAUUUAAAUUUCAGAUUAACCUGAGAGAUGCAAUAUUUUUAUCUUUUUUUCGUCCCCAUUUCAAAAAAAAAUCCUAUCAGUUCUUAAUUUGAGUUUUUAAAUUUCUUCUUGCUCCUCGAUCGAAGCACCCGAGUCGUACAUAAUUGGCCAAACAGCAAACCUGAUGUAAAGUUUAACAGAUUUGCAUGUUGUGUUGUGUCCACCAGUUUUACACGGCUUUGUUUAGACACUGAGGCCCGGAGCAGUUGUGUCCCAUCAACUGAAGGAAAACUACAGAUGUAUAUUUACAAGAAUUAUAAAUAUUCCGCAUUGAUCUGAUACAGACGACAGAGAGCUGCUCACGGUGUCCGACCAACGGCUCUGCAUUGCCUCCCCGGCUCCGGUGCACAGGUUGUUCCUUUUAACUGCUAUAUGGUUUAAUGACGUAGCGACAAAGGCAGAUUGUGUUUGUGCGUGUGGGUUUUUUUGUUGUUGUUGUUUUCAUACUCAGGUUUUACUUACUCGGCCUAGUAUUGUACGGUGCUGGCUGCGGCGUUGGAAGAUUGGUGCUUACGCUGGCGUGUAGGAGAAGUUGAGAUGCAGUAGGAAACCGUCUGACCUUGGCGACGCGGUGGGUAGAAUAACUUUUUCUUGCUGUUAAGGUGUGUGUGCGAGUGUGUGACCGGGGUGAAUGUGAUGUCGCCCUUCAAAUCAAAAAGUGGAAAAACUACUUGAAACACUGUCGUGCACUUAGAGACGGGCUGUUUAGCUCAAACUAACAAAUUCUCAUCCACCUACCUAGAAGCCUUUUGUCAGAUCAAUAUAGAAUAAAUACAAUUUUAUCAGCAGAGUUAACGGAGCUGUCUUUGCAGUACGGUGGUGUCACAGGUGAAGUUCAGAACUGCUUAGUGGGUUGAUGCGUCUCUUCAUAGGAAAUCACUGUCUCUCUUGCUCCUUAUGAAGAGGAGAGGCUGUCAUGUAGGAAUACAUUUUGUUUUGUUCUGUGUAUGUUGUCAGGUUCAUCACAUUAUUUAUUUUCCACGUUUUAACUUCUCUGUUCACACGACAAACUGUUUGGAGAUGUGUAUUCACCAGCUGAAUGUGGAGCUUUGCUGAUGGUUUUUUGGGGGUUUUUUUUGACAUCACACUUGAGUUAUCGCUGACUUGUUGUAGUUGUAUGACUUUUUAUCUCGGUAAGUGUCAUGUUUUUCGCUGCAUGGUUUUUGAAGAUGAAGCUGUAUAUGUUUGCCUUUUAUUUUAAAGAUGAAAAAAAAAAAAA